UUAGCGGGUCUCUCAAGCAAUGGAUAAAAAUCACAUAACUUCUGAUUUUUGUUUAUCUUAUUUGGUAUUUUCUAAAUACGAUACUCAUUCUUUAACUUAUGAUUCAUCAUCCUUGUAAUUAAUAAUCUAAUCUUCAUUCAUUAAUCACACUAAUUAUGGCAAUAAGUUUGAUAAGUACUGCAUGUUCAUCUUCUUCUUCAACAACAACUAACUUAUCUUCUUUCAAGAGUGAGACAAAAUUUCUUACAUUUUCAUUUCCAAGAAAAUUACGUUCGGCUACAUGGGUAUCUCAGCUUCAUUCAAGAAUCCAUUUUUGCCUCAAAUCUUCUAAUGGGCAUCCUCUAAAUGCUGUUCCUUUGCAUGAUGUAGGUGUGCUGGAAAAUCAUGUCGCUAAAGAACACAUUGAACCUCCGAGGAAAGAGGAGCCAUCUAUCCCUAACUCUGGAGGUGAGAAAGUAGAGUCUACUCUUAGCAUUACUGUUGUUGGAGCAUCAGGAGACCUUGCGAAGAAGAAGAUUUUUCCUGCACUUUUCGCUCUAUUCUACGAAGAUUGGCUACCUGAGAACUUUUCAGUAUUUGGUUAUGCUCGAACUAAGUUAACUGAUGAGGAGCUACGGAACAUAAUUAGCCAGACUUUGACUUGCAGAAUUGACAGGAGGGAUGAUUGUGAAGACAAAAUGGAUCAGUUCUUGAAAAGAUGUUUUUAUCAGGGUGGCCAGUAUAACUCUGAGGCAGAUUUUGCAGAGUUGGACAAAAAGCUCAAAGAGAAAGAGGGUGGAAAAUUGUCAAACAGACUGUUUUACCUAUCAAUCCCUCCAAAUAUAUUUGUGGAUGUGGCGAGAUGCGCCAGCCGUAGAGCUUCUUCGACAAAUGGGUGGACAAGGGUAAUCGUUGAGAAGCCAUUUGGUCGCGAUUCAAAGUCAUCUUCUGAGCUAACCAGAUGUUUGAAGCAAUAUCUGACUGAAGAACAGAUAUUCAGGAUUGAUCAUUAUUUAGGCAAGGAGCUCGUCGAAAAUCUCUCGGUGCUCCGAUUCUCAAAUCUUGUUUUCGAGCCUUUAUGGUCAAGGAACUACAUUCGCAAUGUGCAGCUGAUAUUUUCUGAAGAUUUUGGUACAGAAGGGCGCGGAGGCUACUUCGAUAACUAUGGAAUAAUACGAGAUAUAAUGCAAAACCACUUGCUACAAAUACUGGCAUUAUUCGCAAUGGAGACACCCGUCAGCUUAGACGCCGAGGAUAUCAGAAAUGAAAAGGUAAAGGUUCUGAGGUCAAUGAAACCGUUGGAUAUUGAAGAUGUGAUAGUGGGGCAAUAUAAAGGGCAUAGCAGAGAUGGAAGAUCAUAUCCUGGUUAUACCGAUGAUCCAACGGUUCCAAAGGGUAGCCUUACACCAACAUUUGCAGCAGCUGCUCUUUUUAUUAAUAAUGCCAGAUGGGAUGGUGUUCCUUUUCUAAUGAAAGCCGGUAAAGCUCUUCAUACACGGAGAGCAGAGAUAAGAGUGCAAUUCCGACAUGUCCCGGGUAACUUGUAUAAGAAGAAAUUCGGAACUGAUUUAGACAAGGCGACAAAUGAGCUUGUACUUCGCGUGCAACCUGACGAAGCUAUAUAUUUGAAGAUCAACAAUAAACUUCCUGGUCUUGGAAUGAGAUUAGAUCGUAGCGAUCUAAAUUUGCUAUACCGAUCAAGGUAUCCAAGGGGAAUACCAGAUGCAUAUGAGCGACUUCUUUUAGAUGCGAUUGAAGGAGAACGGAGGUUGUUUAUACGAAGUGACGAGCUUGAUGCUGCUUGGGCACUUUUCACGCCAUUGUUAAAUGAACUCGAAGAAAAGAAGAUUGCUCCUGAGCUUUACCCUUAUGGUAGCAGAGGUCCAGUUGGAGCACAUUAUCUUGCCGCCAAGCACAAUGUUCGCUGGGGAGAUCUUAGCGGUGAGCUUCAUGAAUAGGAAUGAGCUCAGUAUAGAUAGUUGUAGAUGAUCGAAAGCUCGAGGAGGGGCCAGGGAACAGGAUGGGCGGCUGCCCCCCAACCAUCAGUCUCUGCAGUUGUCUUUAGUUGUUCUCUUACCCCUUAUGUUAUUAUUUUCUCCUUUCAUCGGCUCAUGACACGCCUUUAUUUAGUUACUAGCUGUAUUUCCGCUCUUUUCAUUUUCUGAUUCCGCCACUGAUUCAAAAGCAUUUGAAGAAUCUAUGUCAUCAGUAAUGUAUACUAUUGUAUAUGUUUAAGAUCACUAAUGAUUAAAAUCUAAAUCAGUUGUUCUCUUA